AUGAUUGACUUACACUUGGAAUAUUUUCGAAAAACUGGUUUGGAUAAGAAGGAUUUAGUAGAAAUCCCAAUCGAAAGUUAUAUUUUAUUGGUAAUUUGUAAAUAUUUGAGUCAACCUGAGAUUGGUCGAGAUUUUCAGAUAAACUUUGUGCAGAGCAAAAUUGUUUCUGAGCAUCGUGAUUCUGUCGUUGUAAACAUUGAAAACGUUGGUGUCACAUUUCAUGAGAAUGAAUUAUGGCCAGCAACUCCAAAGUACUGUCAAUUGCCAAUUUUAACGAUCAACGACUGGAUCAUUUCAGGAUUAUGCGGAAUUUGUCGCCGUAUAGCAAAAACUCACGUUGAGUACUCGCAGAACCCGAAACAGAUUCUUGGUUUUAAAGGUAACACCCUUCUAGCACCAGCAGAAAUUUCAAUGUGGACCAAAUUUUGCGAAGUUGAUGUUAUAAAAUGCGUGCGAGAGGUACUGCAGCAGGAAAAUUGUAACACGUACAAUAUUCCAGAAGACAUUGCAAAAUUCGAAAGUCACUUGUCGCAACCUCUGAAAACGCACAACAUUUACAAGUUGAUCAAUAACGUCCAGAAAGUGAAAAUUUCUUCUCAGCAAGAGUAUAAUAAACUGGACAACGAAACAGCCCGCUUCAAUUUUUACGAGAACCACAAGUUUGCAGAAGGUUUCGAAAAAACUUUAGCUGAUAUAAUACUUUUCAUCGGUUUUCACCUGUUCGAUAGACGGAUUCCGCUCGACACAUUGCACGCAAAGCUUCCGAGAAUCAAUAACUGGUACCGGCAAAUAAAAGCUGACGAUAAUGGAGAGCUGAACCAAAUUUGCAAUGAUCUGCUUUCGAAUCAACAUUGUCACACUAUUUCAAGGUUGAUCGUGGAUCAGUUGGUCGUAAAUGUUCCCGCCAGUUACAGUCUUUACAAAUCGGACACAAAAAAACUGAACCUUCUGGGUGAGAAAGUACUCACCACGAAUCAACCGGAAGUUUUAGGAAUAUUGAAAAAAGUUAAUCAGCUACGGUUGGACACUGCAAGUAUACCAAAUGAUCGAAAAAUCAAUCUGUUCGACUGGGAAACAGUUCCACUUGAGGCCAAACCAGAAGGUGGAAUGCUCCCGUCCAAACGGAUCGAACGAAAAAAGCAUCAACUGGAGAAUUUGGCUAACGAAGUGAUUGAAUUGGCUAGACCAGGUUACAUUAUUGUUGAUUUUUGCUCCGGUACCGGCCAUUUAGGUAUUCUGCUAGCGUGUCUCUUGCCCGAAUGCACCAUCUAUUUGUUGGAAAAUAAGGAAGAAUCACAACAAUUGGCAAUGGAUCGAGUGCAGCGGCUUGGUUUAUCAAACGUCGUUUAUUUCCAAUGUAAUUUGAAUUAUUUUACAGCUCAUUUCGACAUUGGCGUGUCGCUUCAUGCGUGCGGUGUUGCAAGCGACAUCGUACUAGAGAAAUGCAUCGAUCUGCGCGCAAAAUUUGUGUGUUGUCCUUGCUGUUACGGAAAGAUUUGCGAGCUAGAUGCUAUUCAGUACCCCAGAAGCAAAAUUUUUCAACAAUCCGAACUGCUGCUAAAAGAAUACCUCUGCAUAGCACAUUGCGCAGAUCAGACUCAUGAUCUCAACAACAGUAAAACUAACGUGGAAAAAUCGCACCAAGGAUUCCACUGCAUGGACGUAAUCGAUAAGGAUCGUGCAUUGCGGGCUGAAGAGUUUGGCUACACCGUCAUACAAAAGCGGCUUAACCCAGAGGACUGUACUCCAAAGAACCGACUUUUAGUUGGAACUUUUUAACUAGGAAAAAAAAAGAACUACCGCACGGGUCGAAUAAAUAAUUGUUUAUUUCCUCACAA